UAUGUUUUACAGAAGGCAAAUGCGUUUAUAUGUUCGGACAGCGGGACGUGUGCCAGCGGCACGCGGACUGCCCACCGGGCAGCGCCUGCAUGCUGGUCGCCCAGGAGGGCGUCUGGCGGUGCGAGUCUGAUCCGGAGUCGGGAGGUUCCACAUCGCUCCUGAGGGAUAUAUUCGGACUGAGGCAGAGGCAGCCACUGGGCAGCGAGUGCAGCAGCAGCAGCGACUGCCAGGUGAUCAAUGGCAUGUGCUGCCAGCACCAGCGGUUGCACCACCGUGCAGCCAUUAAGCUGAGCUGUGGCUACUUCCGUGAUGCCUUUGACUGCGUGGACAUGGUCGGAUCGGAAAACCACCGCAAUUGAAAAUCUAAGUUCUUGCUCAGCGAAACGGACGAGGGAAAAAAGUGAAGCCAAGCUGAAAUUGAUCCAACUAAAUGAAAUACCAAAAAAAAAACAUGAACCGAAUUUUUUCAAUAUUGCAACAUAUCAAAUUGUUAAACAAAUUCAUAUCAAAUUGAAAUUGCUGUAGCUUAGAGCAUUUAAAUUUAUAAUCUGCAUAUGAAUAUUUACUACAACUCAAACGAUCUUAGAUAUCUAAAUGUGUUUUUAGUAGAAACUUCAAAAAUACUGACUGAGGCAUUCAAUGUUUAUAACAGCAAGAGUAUUCCAAUGCAAUUAAAUCGUUUCACGUCUAAAUGUUAAUCGACAACAAUAAAUUAACUAGCAAAGAU